AUGUUGUAUAGGUCUCGUCAUCGUACAAUAUUCGCGUGCUGUGCGGAGGGGUGGCAGGCUGUCACGGAGGCGGCGUUGGCCGCGAAGCGAUGCGGCUCCUGUGGCGGAGUUGAGGCUUUGCGAGCUACCACAGGUGCACUAGCCGCCCUAGCGACCCAGUGCCGUGCGGCCCACACGCGCCUGUCGCCGGGGGCGGGGGCGGGGGCGGGUGCGGGGGGCGCGGGGGCGGGGGCGCGCGCGGCGCGGUGGCUGGCGGACGACGACAUCGUGCGCUUCCUGCAGUCGCUGCCCAACUGGCGGGCCGCACUCAGCACCGCGCCCACUAGCGCACAGGAGUUGAAACAAGCAUACGAGCGCGAAGCUGAGAUCCUCGGCUCGAGCUUAGGCGACGGAGCGGUCACCAAACGAGAAAUAGUCUCCGACAUUAACGUGCUCACCGAUUUGGCUCUGUUAUGCGAGAGUAUGAAAGGAAUACCUAAUUCUCACACAGGGUCGGCUUACAUUAUGCGAUCGAUUUCAACAAUAGGGGUGAGUAGGAUUCUCCUCCGUGAAACCGACAGUGAGCUGCCCGGUGGGUCCCCAGAGGCCUACCCACCAAAACCCGUACUCUACACCUUCUCAUGGGAAAUGAAAACCGGCAAGCUAUGGCCGAGUCACCAGGACACUCAAGUAUUGGACUAUUGGUCCCCUUGCAGAUGGAAAAUUGGAGAGACUCGAGUAAAUCGAGUGCCUCUCCCAGACAGACGAAACCGUGCAAUGCGGGAGCGGCUGCCAAUCACCUCCGCUGGCCCCGACGACGACGACUGGUUAAGCACAAACAUAAAGACAAUCCCCUCCAUAGUGAGCGGGUCUUCUUCCACCGGUGGAGGGAUCAAAUUGACUGAUAAGUUUGUGAGCGACAUCAACUCCGCCGCUAUGAUAUUUGAAGAGAUAUCGCACAAGUGCCUCCUGUUUCUGCACCUUGAACUCCGCAUCGAGUGCUUCUACUACCUGGGCCAGGAGGAGCGCGCGGAGGGCGCGGCGGAGGAGGGCGGCGGGGCGGAGGCGGGCGGGGCCGCUAGGCUGGCGCACGCGCUGCUCGCCUUCCACGAGCACGCCGCCGCCAUACUAGCGCCCCAAGCACUGGCGUACGUAUUCGGCGGUCUGGGCGAGAUGAUGUCCGCGGGCGUGGUGUGGCGGUGGCAGGGCGCGGGCGGGUGUGGGGGCGCGGUAGGGGGCGGGGGCGGGGGCGGGGCGGAGGCGCGGCUGGCGACGCUGCGGCACGCGCUGGCCGCGCUGCAGCUGCCGCACCACGGGCUGCACCGCGCGCACGACUACCUGCACCUGCUCGCCGCCACGCCGGAGGUGUGUACACCGCCUUGUGCAGCGCGACCGGGACCGGACAAGUGGGUGUUGGACAGUGGCGUGACUACUGGCGGCAAGUGGGCUAAAUGCUACGGGCCUCCUGCUGGAAGGGGAGAUAAUAUCAUCAGUCCGCGAGAAGGGAGCCCAGUUCUCGGAACUAGAGUACUUGAAUGCGUUCAAAGUGAUAGGCGCUCGUCGUGGACUCUCACCGGCCGAUAUGCGGAUGCAGCUCAAACAAUUGUCCGCCGCGCUCGGACACGUCGGCGUUACUGUAUAGUAUAG